AAAUCGAACCCGUACACGGCGUACACAAAUUUCGAAUCUCCCACGCCAGAGGAAGAAAUUGGGGAUUUGGGACACAGUACAAUCGCAAUCACAGUAUUCCGAUAAUGGAAGACGAUGAAGGGGGAAGAUUCAAAUUGAGCAAAAGGCUUUCAGAUAAAGAAGGAGAGGUUGAUUACAAGACCAAAGCGGGUACCGCAUGGUCACACUCGUUCCUCAACCAGAAACCAUGGCACCCUCUUUCAUAUCCCAAUCAGCGACGAAAGUGGAUCGCCGAGCAAACCGACGCCCAGAAACAGCGCCGCACGGAGGAGGUUGCCCGUGAGUAUGCUCAGGAGCAGGAAUUUUUUCGGCAGACUGCGCUUGUCUCCAAGAAAGAGAAAGAAAAGUUAGAGAUGAUGAAAGCUGUAAGCUUUAUGUAUGUAAAACCUCCCGGUUACAAUGCAGAGAGUGCAAAAGCUGCAGAGGUGGCAGAAGAGAGAAAAAAGGAGCAGGAGCAAAGUACCAGCGCCUCUGAGGAGCCAUCUCUUGCUGGAGCUCCAUCAUCGUUGAUGACAGAAUCUAUUCCUUCUGCUCAGGAGAAAAAGAAACCAAGGCCGAAAGAUGUAUUUGGCCGUGCUUUACCAACAGAAGAACAAUUUGAAGUCCUUAAAAAUGCCCCAAGGUUAGAAACUGGUGCUCCUGCCAGGGUGAAACCAUUUGGAGUUGAGAUACGGAAUGUGAAAUGUCUGAGAUGUGGAAAUUUUGGUCAUCAAAGUGGUGAUCGUGAAUGUCCAUUGAAACAUGCUAUAAUGCCUAAUGAGGAGAAUCGAUUGAAAAGAGAUGAUCCUUUGACAGCUAUCCUCGCUCAAACCAAUCCUAGCGAGCCUCUGAAGUGGGAGCUGAAACAGAAACCGGGUAUGAGCCCUCCUCGUGGUGGGUUCAAUCCUGAUGACCCCAAUCAGCAAAUAGUUGCUGAGGAUAUUUUUGAUGAAUAUGGAGGUUUCCUGAGUGAGGACAACCUACCCGAGUUACUGACCAACUUUUCUUCGAGCAAGCUCAAGAAGAAGUCGGGUAAGAGCAAGCAUAGUAGUUCAUUACUAUCAAGUCCUGAAUCGAGUGGUCAUCAAGAAAGAGGGUCAUCUUCUGGUGCGGAUAAGUGGAGGAGAUCAAAGAAAACGAGACAUAAGAGAAGCAAGCAAAAAGAUCCCGAGUCAAGUUCAUUGGAAAGUUCAGAUGAUGGUAGAUAUCAGAAGAGGCGUAGCAGACACAGGCAUUGCCUUUCAAGUUCUUCUGAAGUUUCAGACUCGGAUGAGCAGCAUACAAGUAAACAACGUCAUCGCAAUCAUCAUCGCCAUAGGCAUUGGCAUCAGCAUAAGCAUCAGCGAAAAUAGCUCCAAUUCUCUCGCUCCAAAUUAUCAAUUUAUCAAUGGGUGUUUUUUAGGUGCUGAAGAGAUCCUUCAUGGCUGAUAUUGUGCAUCGACUUUCAUCUCUUAUAAAGGGUAGGAAAAGAAAGGUUCUUGAUAUUACUGUACGUCUCUUGUGCAUCUUUUGUUGUAUGCCCAUAAAUUUGCAGUCAGAAAGCAUGCUAAAAUUAGUUAUUUUGGUGUUCA